AAAUAAAUGUCUCAUGCCAGAACAGCAGGCACAGUGACACUCAACAAAUGUUUUCACAGUUAUGUGACCCAGUUUUGUAAUAUUUGGAUUGGGGAGGUGAUCGGUGACGUAGAGGAGAAUUUACCCCCUCAUCUCCUACGGACUGGGGUCUCAGUGCAGAAGUAGCCGGGCAGGUGAGCUGAGACCAAGAUGAAGAAGUUUGUGGCAUUUUCCCUCUGUCUGGUCCUCUUGACCAUCUACACAGCAGAUGCAAACCCAAUCAUCAAGGAGAGCUAUGCCAAGCAACUUCUGCGGACCAAGAGGCAGAAGCCUGGCCACCCCGAUGAGCCAAUGAGGGAGCACUUGCUCCACAUGCAGGUUCUGGAUCAGAGGGCCCAUGAGACCAACCUGGAACACUGGCUGAACCCCCACUGCUACCCUCGCUGUGACAGGAACUACGGACACCCUGUCUAACCCCCAGUGACCUCGCCUUGACUCCUCACAGCCCAGGUCCCGUCUGUCCUCAGAACCAUAAAACAUGCUUGCUUGGGUCCCCGGAGUCAUGUUCAGUAGGGAACAGAGUAGCAAAAUGCUGUGUAACAAAAAAAGUACUAGAAAGUACAUAAUAUCACUACAUUUCGGACAAUAUUCUGUUUCCUGCCUAUUGAACACAAUGUACAGUACCCAUAAUUAGCCUAUAGGAUGAAGUUGCCUUCUGACGCUGAUCAGUUUUGUAUUUCUCUCCUGAUUGGUUAUAGUUAGAAUUGGGGUAGGGUAAACUGAUUCCAGAUACUUUUUUCACAAACUUUUUUUCUGUGUGGCGGAGGGCGCUGAUGGCAAGAAUGAUGUCGACAACUGUGAUGACGACAAUGAUGAUGAUGACUAUGAUAAUGAUAUGAGGGGGAAGCUCAGAGUGUAACUCUAUCACAUGCAUUUCAUGAUGAAGCCUCAACAGGGAACAUUAGUGGCCAUCAAUAGAGAUGUCCACAGCUUAUUCCAGCAACAUUAGCGUAUAGGAAACGUAUUAAAUGAUGUUAACAUCAGAGAGGAUACAUAAUCAGUUUAUAUGUUGAUACAGUUAUGAGAAAUUAUACACUGUAUUAUGUAAAACAAUGUUUAAAAAACAAGAAUUGAAUAAAUAAUCUAAUCAAAAACAUUUAAA